GGACGCAUCGAGCAAUAUGAACUCAAAGAACUCCAGCGAGCACUGCAAGCUGGUCGUUGUGAAGCAAGAUCGCGUGCUGACCGAUGCUAUUUAUCUGAUCUCGCAUAUCGACGGCACAACCCGUAUGCAUCAGCUAUCAAUCUCU